CAUUCGUAAUUUUAGAGAGUCGCUCUGGAACUGAACCAAAUGUCAAUUUAGUUUUGGAUUUCCCCGAGGCACGACAAAGCAAAAGCAAAAACUCCGCUAUGGCUCUCAAAUUCAAUGAGGCUCUUGAACUGCUUAUUGAAAAUCUAUCAAAAAACCCAACACCUGAACAGCAAAAUUAUUUGCAGGAUGCAUCCGACAUAUCCGACAAAAUUAAUCAAGAAUUAACUAACAUCGAUUCAGUUUUUAAGGGCACAAUCAAAAACUUGGAAAAGACAUGUAUCUUUUUCAACAAUUCUUUUCCAAAAAUGUUGGAGCCGCUUCUUUGGCUUAAAAUGCCAUUUAAUGUACAGCCUCAGCGAAUUCACAUUCCCAUUGGUCAUGGAUACAAAGUCUUCAAACUGAAAACAUUUACACAGCACCCUGCAGUUGAAAAUGGAUAUGUGAUCGGUGAUAAGCUUACCAACCUCUUCUUUUUGGAUUUGUCAAAAGCUAUCGGCAGAAUUUCUCAGAUCGAGUGUAAAAGCGGAAAAUCAUACAGCCUUCGACAUGGCAUAGAUGAGCAGAAUAACUUUACAAUUAACGCUUAUGAACCAGGGCAUGUCGAAGAGGGAAUUACUUAUAGUUUUAGUCUACAAUUUAGUUUCUUCGACGAUUCUGUCUUAUACGCCACCAACAACAAUUUAUUCUUCCAAGAAACCAAAUCAGAUCGACCAAAUAAAUUGGCGACCAUCCACAUGAUCGUCCACACAUUAUUGGUACAAUUAAAGUUGUAUUUGACCUUAUCGGUCAAAUAUAUUGGAAACAUAUUUGACUCUGUUAACUGGAAAUCGGCUUCUAACGCCGGUGAUAUAUUACUCGAGGUUUUGAUUAAGAUUAUGUCGAAUUUGGAAAAUCGCGGCGCCCUCAAUUCAGUUUACUUGAAGUUAUUGCAGUUCAAAAAAUCGGAUUCGGUCGAAAUGUCAGAGCUAAUGACCCUUUUCGGAUUGCAUUAAAUAUCCAAAAUUAACUCAAUUGAAUGAAAGAAACAAUAAGGACACAAUGAUUUUGAGACACUUUCAAAGGCUACAGAAAAAAGAUAAGGUUUUUAAUCUGGUUGAGGAUUACACUUGUUUAAAUUUGUACUGGAUUUAAAUUUCCCACAUUGAAUAAAUAACGCAAGGAAUAACAUAGGUACAAAUAUAUAAAUGCUAUUAAUAUAGCUUAUAACGAUCAUAAUCUGCUAAAAUAAAAAAGGGUAAAAUCCAUUUAUCGGAUGGUGCGGAGGCAGAUCAGUUAUUAAAUUAGCAGCAUUAAAUUACUUUUUUGAAAGAAGAAAACUUGCCGAAAUUAUAUUUUUAAACACAUUAAACUUUUACGGAAAAAGCA